AUUAAUAAUAUUUGAAUAAUCUAAAAAAACCAUAGACAAAAGUAAUGUAAGGAAGGGCUGAGAAUACUGACUUGUUAAAUCCUGACACAGUAGUCGCUCUCUACCGGAAAAAAUGCAAAUUCACCUCGAAAUUUACUAUGUAGCCGAUGAUGAUAUUUCCAGAGAUUUCUUCUUCCAUCACCAAAGAACCAAAUGUUACAACGACUUCCACUGCAAAACCCGAAUUUGAAGGAGACGAUGCCAAAUAUUUGAUCGUGCCUUUAGUUGUUAUUGUUGUAGUUAUGUUAUUAUCGUUGCUCGUUUAUUGUAUGGCGAAACGACGUAAAAUGGACAGAUUACGUAGAGAUAUAGCUAAAUUGUAUGAAUACGAUGAAAAAGAUUUAGAAUGGGAACCUUUAAAUAGUUUCGAGUUUCCUUUAUAUAACUCUGGAGACCUGAAUCCUGCUUUUAGUAGACGGAGUAGCUUUAAGGAAAACUAUAUGCCUACAACAAAUCUUUGAUUCGUAACAACCCAAAAUGGGAAUUAAUACAUUAAGGAAACUGCCCAUAAAAUGUACAUCAACUUAAUUCUUAAUUGUAUCCAUAGAUUUAUUUAUAUUAAUGUUGAUUUAAAUGCACUUUUUAUUGAUAUUCAGAAAGCCGUUUUUCUAUUUUCUUUACGUUAAAUAGCUUCUUGUCUUUUUAUUCAAAAUUGCUUGUCUUGCUCUAGAAUAAGAAUACAUUUUUAAAUUUGUCCCAAUUAAUAGACUGAUUAGUUACAAAGUACUAGCAUAAGACUUGAUUAUUGUAGGAUCAAUAAUAGUAUUAUAAUCUAAAUUGUUAAGAGAAAUAUAUUUCAGUUUUGUUGUGAA